GUCUCCCUCACCAACUUGGUCAAAUCUUUCCCUUCUCUCCUUUCCCUCCCUCUCUUUCCCUUCUUUUCCAUCCCUACAUAUAAAAACCCCUCUCCCAUCCAUCUCACUCUCGCCCAAGGUACAGAACACAACACAACCCGUUGUCUUAAACUUAUAAUCCUCUGAGCCUACUGCUGAUUUUUCUCUCAUGGGACGCUCACCUUGCUGUGAGAAAGCUCACACCAACAAAGGAGCUUGGACUAAGGAGGAAGACGAGCGCCUUAUUGACUACAUCCGCGUCCAUGGUGAAGGCUGUUGGCGUUCCCUCCCUAAAGCUGCUGGAUUGCUUAGAUGUGGCAAGAGUUGCAGACUUCGAUGGAUAAACUAUCUUAGGCCUGAUCUUAAAAGAGGGAACUUUACUGAUGAAGAAGAUGAGCUUAUUAUUAAGCUUCAUAGUUUGCUAGGCAACAAAUGGUCUGUAAUAGCUGGAAGAUUACCAGGAAGAACAGAUAAUGAGAUCAAGAACUACUGGAACACCCAUGUCAAGCGCAAGCUAAUUAGCCGAGGCAUUGAUCCACAAACUCACCGUCCGCUCAACGAAAAAACCACCACCGCCACCGCCACCACCACCACCACCACCGGCGCCGCUAAGCCCACCGCCAAUAGAGUCACGCAGUUAAACUUCGAAAACGCAUCUCCUCAAUCAAUUUCCGAAAUCAAACUUUUGAAAAGCAAUAUCGAUUUCAAAUACUCCAAAAAUUUCAACUCCAGUUUCUACCCUAGAAAACCAGAGUCCGUAGAAGAAACUAACUGUAGCAGCAGCGGCAUGACCACCGACGAAGAACAAAACCACCACCACCACCACCACCAAGAAGAAAGAAAAAGCAGCCAUGAAAAUCAAGAAAUUAAUUUGGAGUUAACCAUAGGGCUAGCUCCAAUUCGGAGUGAGUUGACUCCGACAUCGUCUUCCAACUCAGCCGACGCCGAGUCGAAGUUACAACAGCAAGCUUCAUACCAGAUUCUUGAAAAAGUGGUAACUCGGGGGGUUUGUACUUGUUGCCAAUUGGGUUCACAGAGAAGUGAAUUGUGUAGCAAUUGCCAGAAUUCAAAUGUGUUCUAUAGAUAUUACUGAAGAUUAACAGCUAAAAAUUUCAAAUUUUUUUGUUUUAUUUGUUGGGAGUUGUGGUUAGAUUGGAGCAAUUGAAUGCUGGACACCAACUUUCACCUGCCAGUUUCAGUGUAAUCAAAGGGGAAAUUAAUUAAAGAUCGGUAAUGAUGUGAUGACAAGUUAGAUGAAUUCAAAGUUACCCUCUGCAGAAAGGAUUAAAUUC